AUGGACGACCAUGACGGCCUCCCGCUGCGCCCGCGGGGCGCCAACGUCGGGUAUGAGAUUACGCGUCUCGAGGCUGUGGACGCGCCCCACUGGCAGCUCCAAGCAUCGACAACCGAGAACAACCACCUCGCAGUGUUUUCCUCUCUGGAAGCGUACAUGCACACGUCGCUGGACGAGCUUCACUGGUACCACGGUGUGGGCAAAGCACUCGUUGCGAUGGCCAUGGUCGACCUGCUCCUGCGGCGCAUGGACCCUGUCGUCUACGGCCCGCUCGUCGCAUUUGCGGCGCCUACCCACACCUUUUUACAAGAGCUGGCGCAGCAGCAGCGAAAGCCAACUGUGAUGCGGCUGCAGAUUCCCGAGAUCUCGCCGAGACUGUCGCCUCGCGCGUCGCCGCGGCCCGCUGCGUCGUCUCCUGCGGCGCUGCCUCCCAGGCGCUUCAUUGAGCUGCCAAAGACCGAGGUUCAUGUGCUCGAAGUCGCCGUUUACCUCCGCAGCGUCCUCUUGCAAUUGGUCGCCAAAGACGCGCCAAAGAAGCCGCUUCCGGCGCCGCCUCUCGACGCGCUGCAGGUAUUACGCCAUACCAAAGUCCUAUUGCGCCAAAAGCAGUUCUUUCCCGGCCUUCUCGUCGCCCUGCCAGCGCGCCACGGUACGCCAUGA